AUGGCAGAACUUCCUGGAUAUAAUGGCAGUGAGGGCUUUCUGUUCUCAGCUGGUCUGUCCUUCAACUCUACUGGCGACUAUGAGUAUUAUGAACCCGAGCCUGAUGCCAGCAAGAUCGUUAUCCCAUCCAUUUAUGCACUGGUCUGCUGUGUUGGUGUCACAGGAAAUGCCAUGGUCAUCUAUGUCAUCCUAAGGUACGCCAAGAUGAAAACCGCCACCAAUAUCUACAUUCUCAAUCUCGCCAUUGCGGAUGAACUCUUCAUGUUGAGCGUCCCAUUUCUGGCUACCUCUGCCGCAGUCCAUCACUGGCCCUUUGGCUCACUGAUGUGUCGCUUGGUACUCAGUGUGGAUGGCAUUAACAUGUUCACAAGCAUCUUCUGCCUAACUGUGCUGAGCGUGGACCGCUACAUUGCUGUUGUGCACCCAAUCAAGGCCGCUCGCUACCGUCGCCCAACUGUUGCCAAAGUGGUCAACGUAUGUGUGUGGGGACUUUCGUUGCUUGUAAUUCUGCCAAUUAUCAUCUUUGCAGACACAGUCCCAGCACAGGAUGGUGGCGUGGACUGUAACUUUUUAUGGCCCAAGGCCUCAUGGUCAGAGGCGUUUGUGGUCUAUACCUUCCUACUGGGUUUUUUGCUUCCUGUGGCGGCCAUCUGCCUGUGCUACUGCUUGAUCGUGGUGCGCAUGAGGGCAGUGGGACUAAAGGCAGGCUGGCUACAACGUAGACGCUCUGAGAAGAAGAUCACACGCAUGGUGUUGCUGGUGGUGGCUGUGUUUGUGCUCUGCUGGAUGCCAUUCUACAUCGUUCAGCUGAUCAGCGUAUUCCACAAACCGCCGGACCCAAUGGUGACUCAGCUGUUUGUCAUUCUCAGCUACGCUAACAGCAGCGCCAACCCCAUUCUCUACGGAUUUGUGUCAGACAACUUCCGUCGGUCCUUCCAGCGUAUCAUCUGCUUCCGCUGGCUGGAGAAUGGACUGGAUGCUGAGCAGGUGGACUACUGUGCCGUGGCACUAAGGCGUCAGCCCACAUGCGGCCCACGAGACUUCCCGAAGGAGUGCUUAGCCUCCGACAUGGUGUUUCGAAAUGGAACCUGCACAUCCCGCACCACCACUCUAUGA